AUGUGUUCCAAUUCUAGGAAGAAUAAAUGUCCGUUGCUACACAAGGAAAGAAAAUUGGUUGAAUACAAUGGGAAAAACAACAAUAACAAGUCCUAUCGACACAAAAAAGGAUUUUUGGCCCGUAAAAUUUCAAGUUUUUAUCAAUAUGGGACUUCUGUGGAAAGGGAAGAUGCUAGACGUGUUAAACAUGGAGGAAAGGAGCGUGAAGACCUGGAUGUCGUUCUUUUCACUUUUGACAAAUUUCUUCGUCUCUACCACAAAAUUAGCCCACGGACAGAUAUUCAAGAACUUUUUGUUAAAUUGUCUGGACAAAAAGAAUAUUUGACAAGAGAAAGGCUGAUGAUGUUUUUAAACGAUGAACAACGAGAUCCACGUCUUAAUGAAAUCCUUUUCCCAAAUUUUGAUGUUGAUAGAGUUAACUCACUCAUUGCAAAAUACGAAACUGAUGAAUCUUAUAUUACACAAGGUAAAAUGUCUGGUGAUGGAUUUUUGCGUUUUUUAUUGUCAGAAGAAAAUUCUCCAGUUUUUCUUGAUAGAACUGAACGACAUCAAGAUAUGGAUCAACCUUUGUGUCAUUAUUUUAUUAAUAGUUCUCACAAUACUUAUUUAACUGGACGUCAAUAUGGAGGCAAAAGUUCAACAGAAAUUUAUCGUCAAGUUUUGCUGUCUGGGUGCAGAUGUAUCGAACUAGAUUGUUGGGAUGGAACUGGAGAAAAUAAAGGAGAACCUAUAAUUACACAUGGAAAAGCAAUGUGUACAGACGUUUUUUUCAAAGAUGUGCUUGUACAAAUAAAAGAAACAGCAUUUUUGCGUUCUGAAUGGCCAGUAAUUCUUUCUUUUGAAAAUCAUUGCUCAAAAUCUAAUCAAUUAAAAAUGGCAAAAUAUUGUUUGGAAAUUUUUGAUGAAAUGUUGCUAACUGGGCCAAUUAAAGGACAUGAGUUGGAGCCAGGCAUUCCUUUACCUUCCCCUAGCCAAUUAAAAAGAAAAAUUUUGAUUAAAAAUAAAAGGUUGAAGCCAGAAGAUGAACAACGUCAAAUGGAACAAUUUAGAAGAGAAGGACGGUUAUUAGAUGAAGAAGAUGAACAAUCAGAAUCUGCAAUAGAACAAAAAGGAAAUGUUGGAAGUGAAGCAGAAACAACUACAACAACAACUAAUAUUGAUGAUAGUUGUGGUAGUGGACAGGUUCUUUCUCCACCCUCAGAAAGAUCACAUUUUGAAGAUGAAAAACUCAAUAAUCAACAAAAACAACAUCAAAAAUCUAAAUUGGGACCAACUGUCUCAAGUGCUUCACUUUCUAAUACUUUUGAUUUAUUAAAUCUUGGAGGAAGUGGGCAGCAACAACAUCGUUCUUCUCUUUCAAAUGUCCCUUCUAGGCAUAAUUCUACUGUUGCUUUAAUAGAAAAUCAACAACAACAAUCUUCCAAGGAAGCUAGCGUUGAAAAAGCUGAAGAUUGUGCAAGUGGACAGUCAACAGCACGUAUUAAUGUUGCUACAACAAGUAGUCAGCAACAACAACCUCCUGGAAUUAUUAGUAAAUUAAAGCAGCCGUUGGGGCUUAACAGGAGAGUACAGCCGGUUUUGUCUAAAGAAGAAGAGGAACGGCUUAUCAAAAUGGUCCAAGAAAGUUAUUAUUACCAAGGUGCUACAACCAACAUUCACCCAUUAUUGUCUUCAUUGGUGUGUUAUACACAUCCAGUCAAAUUUUCUGGAUUUGAUGUUGCUGAACAAAAUAAUCUUCAUUUUCACAUGUCUUCAUUUUCUGAAAGUACUGGGCUGAAUUUAAUAAAGCAAUGUGCUCCAGAAUGGGUUAAUUACAAUAAAAGGCAAUUAAGUAGAAUAUAUCCAAAAGGUGCUCGUGUUGAUUCUAGUAAUUUUCUUCCACAGAUUUUUUGGAAUGCUGGGUGUCAAAUGGCGGCAUUAAAUUUUCAAACACCCGAUGUUUGUAUACAAUUAAAUCAAGGAAAAUUUGAAUAUAAUGAUCAAUGCGGGUAUUUACUCAAACCCGAUUUUAUGCGACGUCCAGACCGAACUUUUGAUCCUUUUUCUGAAUCGCCUGUAGAUGGUGUAAUUGCUGCUCAUUGUUCUGUUAGGAUAAUUUCUGGUCAAUUUUUGUGUGAACGUAAAGCCGGAACUUAUGUGGAAGUCGAAAUGUAUGGAUUACCAACGGAUACAAUUAGAAAAGAACAUCGCUCACGUCUAGUCCCUGCCAACAGCUUAUUUCCUGUAUACAAUGAAGAACCUUUUGUUUUUCGCAAAGUCAUUUUACCUGAAUUGGCAGUUUUGCGUUUUGCUGUUUAUGAUGAUAGUGGAAAACAAUUGGGACAGCGGAUACUACCUUUAGAUGGCCUUCAAUCUGGUUAUCGCCAUAUUUCUUUGCGGACUGAAAAUAAUCAACCAUUAACUCUUCCUUCUCUAUUUGUUCAUCUACAAUUAAAAACUUAUGUUCCAGAUGAAUUGAGUGGACUUGUUGAUGCAUUGGCUGAUCCAAAAGCCUAUCUUUCUGCUCAAGAAAAGCGUGAAGAAGCUUUACAACAAAUGUGUGUCGAUGAAAUGGAAGAGUUGUUGGCACCCGUGGGGGCAGAUUCUGGAGGAAGAACAACAACAGCAAAAUCCUCAUCUUCAACUAACUUUGAUGGAAAUGCAAGUAUUCGAAGAGUAGCAGCACAAAAUGGUGGUUGUUCUACUAAUUUGGCUUCUUCUACACAAAUUAAUUCGUUAGACAGUGGAAGACUAGUUUCAAAUCAAUCCCCUCUUAUGUGUGGAAAAGAUUCUUCCCAAUCAAUUGUUGUCAUUACUUCUGGUGGUAGUACUCCUCGAACAACUAUACCUAUGACUACAGAUGGAUAUUCAACAACUACUAUUGAUGGAAAAUUUCAGGUUUAUUUUGAAGGAGGGAUUUUUUCUUGGUUUUUUUAA